AAAAGUACUUAUAGUAGGCUAGCGUUGAUUCUCCACCCCGAUAGGCAGAUGGCCAAAACUGAGACGCAGAAAAGGAAGGCAGCCACACGAAUGUGCGACAUCAACCGCGCAAAGGAAAUCCUUCUUGAUGUAGAGCGAAGAAGAGCUUUCGAUGAGGCGGGUGCGGUAUACUCGCAUGAAUUUCAGGAGUGGAAGAAGAGCAGUAAG